GACCGCGGCGGCCUGCCUAGCCUUUCACUUUGCGCCUUGCUUCGUGUCACCCCAGGAACAAUUUAUUGGUCUAAAGCCGCCUAAUUUCUCCACUUUGAUCUCCUAGCCUUCUUUUUGUUAGCUUCGUCUUCCUUUAGCUUUUUUAGAAUUUUAUUUCUCUAUUACAAGACGCUGUUAUUUGGAUUCUCCCCCCCUUCCUGUUUUACCCCUCUGUUUCCCAUCCUGAUCCGCCAUAAAGGGGAUCCCGGAUAUUGCCGCCCUAGGGUUCCUAUGCUCCGGGGGAGAUAGCCCAGAUCCCACCUGCCCUCCUCCCUACCGAAGUCUGGGGCCCUUUGCUAGGCGGCCGCCGGCCCGUGGCGCGAGACCACCUGUGAGGGCUGCUGAGAUUGGCGGAGGCGGUCAUGUGGGCGGUCACGUGCCGCGGCGAGCUCCGUCCAAAAGAAAAUGGGGUUUGGUGUAAAUCUGGGGGUGUAAUGUUAUCAUAUAUCACGCUACCUCGUAAAACCGACACUGAAAGCUGCCGGACAACAAAUCACAGGUCAAAAUUAUGAGUUCUUCGUAUUAUGUGAACGCGCUUUUUAGCAAAUAUACGGCGGGGGCUUCUCUCUUCCAAAAUGCCGAGCCGACUUCUUGCUCCUUUGCACCCAACUCGCAGAGAAGCGGCUACGGGCCGGGCGCCGGCGCCUUCGCCUCCACCGUGCCGGGCUUAUACAAUGUCAACAGCCCCCUUUAUCAGAGCCCCUUCGCGUCGGGCUACGGCCUGGGCGCCGACGCCUACAACCUGCCCUGCGCCUCCUACGACCAAAACAUCCCCGGGCUCUGCAGUGACCUCGCCAAAGGCGCCUGCGACAAGGCGGACGAGGGCGUGCUGCAUGGCCCGGCCGAGGCCAAUUUCCGCAUCUACCCCUGGAUGCGCAGUUCAGGACCCGAUAGAAAGCGGGGACGCCAGACCUACACGCGCUACCAGACGCUGGAGCUGGAGAAGGAAUUCCACUUUAACCGCUACCUGACACGGCGCCGCCGCAUCGAGAUCGCCCAUGCGCUCUGCCUCACCGAGCGCCAGAUCAAGAUCUGGUUCCAGAAUCGGCGCAUGAAGUGGAAGAAAGAGCAUAAAGAUGAGAGCCAGGCUCCCUCUGUGCCCCCCGAAGACGCGGUGCCCUCCGUCUCCAAGGCAGCUACUGACAAGGCGGAUGAGGAGGAAGAGGAAGAAGAGGAGGAGGAAGAGGAGGAAGAGGAAUAAAGGGCCAGGAACA